UUGCUUUCAUUAUUAGGCUAAAAUUUCUUGAUGAGAUCUUCUCAUUCCGGGCUCGGUAGCUUACGCCCGUGGACAUAUUUUUGUAUUGUUUAUUCGUAAAUCAUUACUGGGAGUAGAUUCAUUUGUGUUUGUGAUAACAGAGGAAUCUAGCCUGGGAUAUGCCCUACUUUUAGACAGCACAUUAUUAUCAGGGAUUUAUAUGUACACUACUAAAAGGCAUUAUAGGAAAAUGAUUUCUUUACCUAUAUGCGUUCUUUUAUGUCUAGGCAUUCCACGUUCGUUGGCUUUCCAAGAAAAACAAACACGGGUACAAGGCAUUGAUUUCAAUUUACCGAAAGAUUCUUCGCUCCAUUUGGUUGUAAAAGAGGAGCAAGCAUCAUUUGGCGGUGGAUUCGGAUCCGGAUUUAACUUGACAUUUGACUUUGAAGAAGAAGAAGAAGAAGAAGAAGUAGCUUCAUCGGAUGUUAUCACAAAGGAACAAGCGGAGCAUGAAUUAUCAUAUCAGACGGUCGAUGAAGAUGGAAACCUGAAAGACGUCCAAGUGAAACUAAAACAUGCGUUCGUUGAUUACGUGAACUCGUACAAUGAUAAGUUAAAGAAGGCUGCGACUGCAUGGGAUCUUGUACAGCGCAAACGCAAUAGACGCAAUGUCUUUCAAGAGGAUACACGCUUUCCCAUACGUGAAGCCGAAGCAUUUGCAGAGCUACCAUUUUCAGCCGUUGUUGCUUUCAAUAUUGAAUGCUCAGGAGUUUUAGUUGGUGAACGGCACGUAUUGACAGCAGCACAUUGCUUUCAUGACGGCAAGAGAUUUAUUCACAAGACGAAGGAUAUACGUGUAGGCUUCAGGAAGAACAAAACGCUUUCAUCAUAUGACAUCAAUAACAAUCCAUCGAAAGCUUUUUACUGGAUACGAGUGGCUAAGAUCAAUCUACCUGCAGCGUGGUCCAUGCCUCGAUACAGCCGGAAAGGUGCUUUUCUUCCGGUACCACUUCAUGAUGAUUACGCAAUUAUUGAACUGAAACGCUCACCUGAUGAUCGGGAACCAUUAGGAUUUAGCAUAAGUUCGCAUAUGAACGCUGGUGCAGGAACACGCUUGAACAUGGGUGCGUUUGAUGACACAUUGGAUAUAUCUGUAAUGAUGUACCGCUUUUGUCCAGUGGCAUACGAAGAACAGAGCAUGACGUACAUGUUUUGCGAUGCGAAAUCCGGUGCGUCAGGCGCGGGCGUUUAUAUCCGCCAGUGGAAUGGCUACCUUGGAGAAUUCGAGCGUAAAAUUGUCGGCGUGUUUGUGGGAAGUCACGUACUAAGAGAGGGGAGUGGUCGUGAAGAAAUAGUGAACGCGGCAUUGCGCUUGACUCCCUUGAAGUUUGCUCAGGUGUGUUUCUGGGUCACAGGAUCAUAUAGUGACUGUCAUGCUUAAUUCCCAAUUGCCAGCGAUAUAACGGAUGGUACUUGAAUACAUAGUAACAUUUAGAAUAGUACCACUGGUUGGAAAGAAAGUUGAUUUUUUUUUCAGUGCUUUUAGGUUAGAUAAUCGAAAGUUGAAAACUGACCCAGUGAAAUUAUAUUCUAUUUGAUCCUGAAGUUAUAAUUCAUUGCGAUAUUUUAACGAGCAUCGUCAUAAAUCAAGAAAGGAAACCAUAAUGAAAUUAACAUUGGGGUCUUUUAAAGGGAAAUUCAAAACAUUUUGUAAUUCACAAUAUAACCAUGAUUGCUCAUUGAUAAGUUUAGACCUUUAAAAUGGAUUUUAUCAAAACAUAUUGUACAUAUUUCAUUAUAAUUAAAUUUAUUCGAGGUGUUUUUUUUUUAUCAAUUAAUAUUUUGAAACCUCGUGUACGCAUUUGAUCAAUAAUUGAAAUAAACUGUACGAUUUUUAGUACCGUAAAUAACCUUUUAAUCCUUUGUUUAUUGAGUAAAAUCGCUUCACAAAAAAAAACUAAUAAUUUAAACAAAAUCAAUUUUCAAUUUAAAAAAGAAAAAUAUAUAGGCUUCAGUUACGGUAUGAACUUCCACUGAAAUUUGACACAUUUUCACCAAAUACCCCGGCCUGUAUACGGUUUUCUCAUCUUUAAAUUGACUACCAUACUACCGUAGUCAAUUUAUGUUUUAAAAGAACAGAGACUAUUCGGCAACAUGCAUAAUAAAUACAGUAAUAAUAAUAUGUUACAUUUAUAACUCCACCCAUUAUUUACUUGCGUUUAAUUAAAUACGGUAUUUCCAAGAUUUUAGGUUUUCGUAGUAAACGUGUACGCAUGGGCAUUUGCAAAUUUUACAAAAUGGGCAGUAUUGAAUUUGAGCAUGGACAAAAUAUAUUUUCUCCAUGAAGUUAAAUGUUAUUAUUUAGGCCUAUACUGCUGUUAUUUUGAGACACAAUUUGCUCUUUCCAAUAUCCAAUUAAAAUCAAAAACUAAACAAGUAA